AUCCAGAAGCGUCUGGAGUCAUGCCACCGAGAAAGAGCAGUGACAAAGAGGUUCAGCCAGCCCAGGCUGGACAUGCUGACGACAGCCCACUUCAUUCUGAGGGUGAAAAUGAUCCCAUCACUUUUCUCCCAGUGUCACCUUUGGCAGAACGGUCUUAUGGGAAUCCAGUAUUUAAGGAGAAAGAAGCAGACCGUGGAGGUGACUUUGCUGAAUCAAGUAAUGUGUUUAGAGGUAUGACUGAACGUCUGGAUUUAGCAUUCAAAGAACAGAACCAGGCUAUGCGGAGACUUGUUGACAGUCAAACAGAAUCUUCCAGACGUCAGGAAGAGUUAGUUAAACAAUACCAAGUGGUUGAGCAAGUGCGACAGUCCAGACUUGAGAUUCCUCCUCCAGUCAUUGAAAUGCUCAGACAGAUUCAGGAAGCCCUAAUCCCAGCACUCGGGGGGCAAGGGAAUCAGCCUCAUCCUAAUAUUCAACAACAGAAUUUCUUCAUGGGUGAAGGACAAAGGCAGCAUGAACCAAUGGAGGCUGCUGCUCCCGUUGCAGACCAUGGUAAUCAACCUCAGCAUAGGUAUAUUCCGCCAGGUAGGAGGGGAAAUGUGGGUCUUCAUCAUCAACCCUACCCAAGGGAUUUUUUCCAGCCACAAGUUCCUCCAGCCCAGCCGGUACAGCGUGGUCUACAGAAUCACCUAGCACAAUUAUUCAAUAGAGAUCAGCUAAUAGAUCUGGUACAAGAAACCUAUGGACCAGCCUUGAGACCAUUGGUGCGUCCAGCUUACAGGAAGCCUUAUCUAGACAUCAUUGAUCAUGAAAAUCCUUUUUCAAGGGGUUUUAAAGUGCCUGAGUUCACUUUAUUUUCUGGUGAGGUUGGUCAGUCCACUAUUGAACAUAUUGGACGCUUCACAAUACAAUGUGGAGAGGCGUCUGGAGAUGAUAACUUGAAACUCAGACUGUUCCCUAGCUUUUUGACUGGGACAGCCCUUACAUGGUACCUCAGUCUGCCUCAAAAUUCAGUCUACUCUUGGAGGCAAAUGGAGGACUUGUUUCAUACUCAAUUUUAUCGUUGUGAACCGGAAGUGUCUAUGGCAGACUUGUCGAGGUUAGCCCAAAAGCCUGGAGAGUCGUCUGAGGCAUUCCUUGCGAGAUUCCGGAGAGCCAGAUUGAAAUGUAGAGUUGCACUGCCAGAACAAGAGUUUGUUAAGCUGGCUCAGAAUGGUCUGGACAUUGAGUUCCGAAAGAAAUUUGAGGGGAUGGAAUUCCGAGACUUCUAUGAAUUGUCUUAUAAAGUGGCUCUGUAUGAAAAUCUGCUGAAAGAAGAUGUUCAAAAGAAAGCUGCAUCACAUGGAACCUAUUACAGUAACCCUAAUUUUGAUCUUGAUGUGGCUGAGGUUGUUACAGACAAGCCUGUUGUUUGUCCAGACCUUGUCAGACCAACUCACCAGCCUGAGACGUCUGUGAGAUGUUAUGUUGGUGAGGCUGGAAAACAGUAUACUUUUGAUGUGUCAAAAGCUAGUGAUAUAUUUGACCACCUUAAAAAGAGUGACAAAGCGAAGGAAACCAUGGGAGUGGAUGCAGAUCCUUUUCCAGCUGUGUUUGUGGGCGUGAAUGUUGCAGACCUCAGGAGUGUUGCCAGAAAUCGCAGUCUGCCUUAUGCUCAAAGGAACCUUGCUGCAGAAGACUUAAGCCGUGUCUUGGUGGAUAAUGGAGCUGCAGUCAAUGUCCUUCCAACUUGCAUGCUCUACAAAAUAGGCAAGUCUCUUGAUGAUUUAGUGCAUACUGAGGUUACAAUUAGUGAUUUUACAGGAGGGGUGAAUCAUUCAAGGGGUGUGCUGCCUGUUGAAUUAACAGUGGGAAAUAGGACACUGAUGUCUGUGUUUUUUGUGGUGGAUACUGUUGCUACUUAUAAUGCACUUUUGGGGAGUGACUGGAUUCAUUCAAGUUGGUGUGUCCCUUCUUCACUUCACCAGAAACUGAUUUUCUGGAAUGGUGGCAAGGCUGAGGUCGUGUCUGCAGAUGAUAAGCCUUUUUCAGCCAACACUCACCUGGUGGAGGCUAGAUAUUAUGAAGACAUUGGUACCAUUCGGUUUUUUGGGAUGGAUAGACAUGGGAAACCGAUUGGGAUAACAGCAUGCAGCAGACCGUCUUUGUCUAAGUGUGCUGUGGAGGAAGAAAGAGAAAAGGCCGUGUUGGAGAUAACAAAGAAAUUAGCGGCCUAUUUUGCUGAAAAAGUAGUUCAAGUAGACAGGUCUGAAAUUGUUCAUGAAGCUGAAGCUCAAGACCCAUUGGAGGAGAUCAAUCUAGGGUCUGAAAGUGAACCAAAGGUAACAUUUAUCAGCGACUCUCUUGAGCCGCAGACACGAGAUCAAAUUGUCAGACUUCUGCAUGAAUUUAAAGACUGUUUUGCUUGGGAUUACUCAGAAAUGCCAGGUCUGGAUCGAAAAUUGGUGGAACAUAAAUUGCCAAUUGCAGAAGGAUUCAGACCGUAUAAACAGCCGCCCAGACGCAUGUCUGUAGAGGUUACUUUGAAGGUGAAAGAAGAAAUUGAGCGGCUGUGUGUUGAUUUCCGAAACUUGAAUUUAGCUACACCAAAGGAUGAGUAUCCUAUGCCAAUUGCAGACUUGUUAGUUGAUGGAGUAGCCCACGCAGACGUUCCUAAGACAGCCUUUCGAUGCCCAGGUGUUGUUGGAACUUUUGAAUGGGUUGUGAUGCCAUUUGGUCUGAAGAAUGCUGGAGCUACCUAUCAAAGAGCCAUGAAUGCAAUUUUUCAUGAUAUGAUUGGUAAAUUCAUGGAAAUUUAUAUUGAUGAUGUUGUGGUGAAAUCAAAUGGGGAGGCAGACCACCUGGUUCAUUUGAGGAAGUCUUUUGAGCGGAUGAGGCAACAUGGCUUGAAAAUGAACCCACUUAAGUGUGCUUUUGGAGUGUCUGCGUGUAACUUCCUUGGGUACUUGGUGCAUGAGCGUAGUCUGGAGGUUGACAAGAACAAAGCCAGGGCUGUGAUUGAGGCGAAACCACCACAGAACAAGAAGGAGUUGCAAAGAUUUCUUGGCCAAGUUAAUUUCUUAAGACGUUUCAUUUCUAACUUGGCUGGGAAAACCAGGGUCUUUUCUCCCCUGUUGAAACUCAAGUCUGAAGCGGAUUUUAAGUAGGAAGAACACCACCAGUCUGCCUUUGAUAUGAUAAAGCGGUAUUAUCCAGACCACCAGUACUUGUACCGCCUGUGAAAAAUAAGCCUUUAAUUUUGUAUAUAUCCGCCGCAGAUGAGUCCAUAGGAUGUCUGCUGGCGCAGGAAAAUGAUAAAAAACAGGAGUAGGCUGU